GAAUUAACUGAUACUAUGAUAGAAGGAGUUGUUUCUGAUAUGGUUAUUGCAGCGUUUUCUACAACUCAUGGUGCUCUAUGUGGUACUUUUCUCCUGAUGAUGAAAUAUCCCGAAGUUCAGCGUCGUCUUCAAUUAGAAAUUGAGGAAAGAAUUAGUGGUGAAGAACCAAGUCUUGCUGAUCGAUCAAAACUUCCAUACACCAACGCUGUUAUUCUAGAAUGUCUUCGUUACAUACGUCACAUCCCGUUAGGAAUAUCACACUAUGUCCGAGAAGAUAUUGAAAUAGAAGGAUACACAAUUCCCGCUAAAUCAACGCUAAUUACUAAUAUAUAUUAUGCAUGUAUAGACGAGAUGGAAUGGGAAAAACCAGAUCAAUUUUAUCCUGAAAGAUUUUUAGAUGUUGAUGGUAAUUUACUACCAAGUGAUCACCCAACCAGACAACAAUUGAUACCAUUUAGUGUUGGAAGAAGAAACUGUGUUGGCGAAUCAUUUGCUAAAUCACGCAUGUUUUUAUAUGUGACACGUUUACUUCAGAAAUUU